GAUAUUCAGAAACAGAGAAACGGAUUUCAGACGUCCCCAAAUUUGAAGCUGUCAAAUGGUUAUAUUUUACCUGAAGGUAGAAUGACACCAAACACGCUUUUUGUCGGAGGAAUCGAUAUGAAGGUGAGUAGCUAACUGCUAUAGUGUAUAUUCUUGUGUUCUUUUUUUACUGGCAUUGCAAAUGUGGAUUUAAAAAAUAUAUAUAGAUUUACCGUUGACACCUGCUGUAUCCUGUGCAAGGGACAAAUCAACUUUGAUUUUAUUUGUUAUUAUGCAGAGCCUCCUCCAUAUGGGGAGGUUAUUUUGUCUGUGAUUAAGUGUACUUUGGAGGGGGUGAGAAUGUUUCAAUGGGAUAGUCUCUGCUUCAUUUGGCCAGUUCACUGGAAUGAAACUGAUCCUAAACCAAAAAUAAUUCCCUAAUGGAUCCAAUAAAGUCAAUAUCUAACUUGCUCAUAUUGCCCUUUUUUUUUAGGUGGAUGAGAAUGAAAUCCGGGACUUCUUUGCGAGAUUUGGCGCUGUGAAGGAAGUGAAAAUCAUCACUUACCGUGGAGGCAUCUGCAAAGGGUGAGUCCCAAAUUAGUAGGCUUUAGUCAAGACAAUUGGAUUCAUGCAAAUAAACCUUGCCUUAUAUGGAACAAUGUCAUUCUUUGUGUAGAUAUGGAUUUGUCUACUUCAAUGAAGACGUCGACAUCCAAACCAUCGUUGAAGUAAGACCAUUUAUUUUAACGUGGUCGCAUCUUAAAUGGAGUCAAGUCUUUAAAACUUUACCUUCGUUCUACUCACAAGCUUAAUGUGUUUUGUCUUCACCAUGUUUACUCUGCAGCAACAGAUCAGUUUUAAAGGGCGGAAACUCAAGCUGGGUCCAGCCAUCAUGAAGGAAAGGAUCUCACGUGAGUGUGUGUUGCUUCACUUGUGUUCAUUUUGUCCAUCGAUAUCUGUGUUUGUAGUGGCUAUUUAUUCCUUGUCUUUUGAACUCUGUUGCCACUGCUGAAGUCUGGGUUGUGGCUAAACGUGUUCCAGGUCGACUACAUUGCAGAAGUUGCAUUGCAUCAACCAAUGGUGGCGUGCCAGGUCAUCGACUGCAGUCAGACAGCAAAUUGCUACAUCAAAUGAUGUGGUUAACUGACCACAUCUAGGCAUUGUGAGAUCUGGCAUUUUGUUUUUGUUUGCCCUGCCCAGGUUCCAUGCCGUCUCAACUGGUUGGUCAGGUCCCCUGGAUGAGCCCCUCCCAGUACAUCUACUGCACCUGCUGCUCUCCUAUGGGAGUGGGCGUGGCUCAGCCCUCACCUGUACUCAACGGGGGCAAUCCCUACAUCCAGGUAUGGCACUGACAUCACCCCAAAGCCACUGGUUGUCUCCCAAAUUACACCCUAUUCCCUAUAUAGUACACUACUUUUGACCAGGUCCCAGGGUGCCUUUAAGAACGCAGACACUGUGUUGGAAGAUGGGCUUGAAAUAGUUCACACUUUUGGACUAAUAGUGGUCCCAAAAGUGCACCAACCCAAACCUGCCAACCGUGUUCAGUAGGCAAACAUUGUGGAACGUUGCAGAUAGAAAUGUCCUGAAUAGAGCUGAUGGGAUUCCUUAUUCUACUUAUCAGAAGCAUGUUUUUUCUACAUAACGUUCCACCACGUUCUGCUCUGCUGAACAUGGCCCAAGAAAACUACACAAGUGCUCCUAAAAUUACACCAGAUUGACAGUUGACCAUCUUAAAUCUUCCGCUGAGGGAAGAGACUUUUAUAUAUUUGAUGUUCCUCUUUUCUCAGCCUUACUCGUACAACGGCCUUCAAGGAGUCAUAAUGCCACAGAUGCCCGUGAGCUACUCACAAACCGCCUAUGCGUACCAGGUAAACACAGGCAGAGAACGUAUUCAUUGAAUAACUUUAUUGUUCCCUGGAGAAGUCCUAGUGGCAUUUGGUAUGAAAACACACAAACAACAUGACACAUUCAGCAUCAACAAUAUAAUAUACUAAACUAAUAUACGUGGGUGAUAUGCUAGAUGCAUAGACCACCCACACACAUCUGACAUACUGUACCAUAGCAAACACACUCCCACCUGUUCUUCUCCCCCAUAUUCCCAGUGGAGGAAUAAAAGGAUGCUAGUGUGUUCCUGUAUGUCUGACCUUUAACACUCUGCUCUCUCCUCCUCUCCCAGUACGCCUCACCACACUGGACCGGGGAGCAGAGGACACGGCUCGUCAACCAG